AGCCCAAUUAAUCAGAGGGUUAGUUAGCCAAGUAGCCGGUUAGCUUAACACGACUCUAGAGUUGGUCAACAACCAGUUAAGCGAGCUCUACGAGUAAUAAUAAACAGCUAAACUUGAUCCAAUGACGAAAUACGUCAUACAGUAUUGUUAUUACAAGGCCACAUCAUAAAGGAUACGCUUCCCCAAUCUUACAGUGUAAGUAAUUGUUAAGAAGAAGAGAACAGCAUCAACCUUGUUGUUACUUUGUAUUUGCAAUACUGUCUUAUAGUCUCUCGUCCUUGGAUGACCAUGUGUGCCUUCCGAACUUGAAGUAGAAGACAUAGGCAUGACAAAUCUCUUGGAACCUGACCCAAACAGGUAGAACUGGAACUGUAUGAAGGAUCUGCAGUCCAAAGAUCACGUUGCAGUUUCAGCACGACAUCUCACCCGAUGCAGAUAAGGUAUGGGGUCAGACCAUCCAUUCAGGCUGUAAACAAUACCAAUAGGAGCUGACCAUGGAGGUUGUGGGACUGAUUUGAGGAAUAGUAGGACAUACGUUUCUACAAUGGGAAGUAAGAGGUACGAUUUCAAGAAGGAAAGCUUCAUUUUGUCAGUGGACGUUGGGACAACAACAAUCAGAUGUCACGUCUACGACAAGGAGGCAAAUGUCCGAGGAUCGUGCACCACCAAGGUUUUUCCCUUGUAUCCAGAAGUAGGAUAUGUGGAGAUGGACCCAGAUGCAAUAUGGGAAGGGUUUAUCAGUGUGAUCAAAGGAGCUGUGCAAGAUGCAGGAGUACAAAUGCGUCAGAUAGACGCAAUUGGCAUCUCCACACAAAGAGGCACUUUCACAACAUGGGACAGGAAAACUGGGGUUCCUUUCCAUAACUUCAUCAGUUGGCAGGAUCAGAGGGCUGCAGACCUGGUGAAGUCCUGGAACAGUUCCUGCACGAUGAAAGCAGUUCAUGGCGCGAUGAAGGUACUCUACUUUCUGACCAGGCAGAAGCGGUCGCUUGCAGCAAGUCUUAUUGUCUUCUCCACUCAACAUGUCACCUUCCGGCUCGUCUGGGCAAUUACGCACUACAACCAGGUUCGUCAAGCUGUAGCUGAAGGCAACUGCUGCUUUGGAACAAUAGACACCUGGCUCCUGUUUAAACUCACGAAAGGUCAGGUCCAUGCCACAGACUACUCGAAUGCAAGUUCAACGGGGCUUUUUGAUACUUAUCAGAUGUGCUGGAGUAGCUUUCUCAGCUUUCUUGUGUCUCUGCCUCCCUCUAUUCUCCCCAAAGUAGAAAAUACAGACCAUAACUUUGGUUCCACAGACCCGUCCAUCUUCGGAGUGUCCAUUCCCAUCAUGUCAGUGAUGGCAGACCAGCAGGCAGCUAUGUUUGGAGAGUGCUGCUUUGAUGUUGGUGAUGUCAAGAUCACAAUGGGAACAGGCACCUUCAUGAGCAUCAACACUGGGAGCAAACCGCAUACGUCCGUAGCAGGUCUGUAUCCUGUGGUCGGUUGGAAGGUUGGCUUAGAGGUGGUGUAUCUGGCAGAGGGCAAUGCAGCGGACACUGGCACUGCAAUCAAAUGGGCGCAGGAGCUCGAGCUCUUCUCUGACGUCCAGGAGACCAGCGACAUGGCUUACAGUGUCAGCAACUCAGACGGAGUGUGUUUUGUUCCUUCCUUCAGUGGCCUGCAGGCUCCUCUGAAUGAUCCCAAAGCUUGUGCCUCCCUCAUGGGCCUAAAACCUUCUACCACUAAAAGUCAUCUGGUCCGAGCCAUUCUGGAGUCUGUCGCCUUCAGGAACAAGCAGCUAUAUGAGACAAUGCUGAGAGAAACUCGCAUUCCCAUCACAAAGAUCAGGGUGGAUGGCGGUGUUUCCUCCAACAACUUUGUCAUGCAGCUGACUGCAGACCUGUUUGGCAGAAAGAUAGCCAGACCCCAACACUUCGAAAUGUCGUGUUUAGGGGCUGCUUUUGUCGCUGGACUUGGAAUAGGCUUCUGGAGGACCAGGGAAGAGCUAAAGAAACUGCAGAGCAACGGAAAUACGUUUUUGCCCCAAGCAGCACGCAAGGGCAGUGCUUGCAGCCCAAGUCGGGAAUACACCCCUGUCCUCCAGAGCUGGGAGAGAGCUCUACGGCGCUCCAUGAAUUGGUACAAGCCGUGACACCGGAUGCCCACACAGGGAGAUCCUAGGUCCAACAGAGACAUGAGUGUUUAGUCCUUUUUAUACAAAUUCACUGUUUUAAGAAAGAACAAAUAUGAGCUGUCUCUCUAAGCUUACUUAAGAGUAAAUCUUAAAUGAUACAUAGAAAUGAUACCUAAAUGAUUUGGUGAUGCGUACUUGUUGUGCGCCUUCAGCAACCUUCACAGUCUUAAAUUGUUGUCCACAUACAGAAUACCUUUACUUGAUUUUUAUAUGCCAACCUCAUCCUUCAUUCAUUCCACAUCUCGAGCCACUGGUGCCUCUUCUUAAAACAGUACUUCAUCCAGCUGGGAUCAUAUUUGUACAUGUUCCCACAUGGGGGCGCUAGUAAAUGGCUUCGCAGCUGUUUCAUUUAUGAACCGCCAUAGCAACCAUAUGCAAUAUGAUAUUAAUGGUUGAAAUCAUUGAUUUCCUUAACUGAUCCACUGUGACGAAAAAAAAGUUAAACGGCUCUAAAUAGGAAGCAGAUUUUCAAGUUUUUAAAAAAGGUAAGUAUUUGUCUAACAUAGUUGUUUCUUCUUGUUUUAACAGUAUUUUCUCUUUGUUAUUGCAAAGAAAUGUUAAUCCUUUCCAG